CUUUCAACAAACCACCGCUCUGCUCCACGUUGCUCCUUCACUGUACGGAUAUAAGCCCGCCACCCGCGCCCUCGAUGCCCUAGGACGCUCUUGCCUUUGCCCUUCUCGACUGACGCACCCACCGGCGCCACUCAUCCAGAACCAAAGCUGUCGAGUCCGCCGACUCGGCGCCACGCUCUUCGGCCAUGAUCCUCCGGUUGUCCACACUGGCCCUCGGCCUGGUUGCGAAUGCCUCGCUGUCCCAUGCCCUCUCCGCCGCCGACAUCCCUGCGGAUACGCCCGUGUCGCAAUUGAUCAAAGAUGCCGGCAUGAAGCUCGCAACCGGGAACGCGCAGGAAGCCCUCACCUACUUCGACGUCGCCAUCCAGCGCGACCCCAAGAACUACCUCACCUUCUUCCGCCGCGGCGCUGCGUACCUCUCGCUCGGCAAGACGGCCCAGGCGCAGAAUGACUUCGACAAGGUCCUCGAGCUGAAGCCCGGAUUCGAGGGCGCAUUGGUGCAGCGCGCAAAGAUCCGGGCGCGCAAGGCCGACUGGGCUGCCGCGCGCAAGGACUACGAGGCUGCGGGGAAGGCGGACGACGUCUUGCAAUUGGACGAGGCACAGGGUGCUGCCAUGCUAGCCAAAGAGGCGGCAGACAAGGGAGACUGGGAGACAUGUGUCAGCCAGGCAGGCACCGCCAUCCUGGUCGCGGGAGCUGCCUACGACAUCCGAAGGACGAGGGCGCACUGUCGCUUUGAGAAAGGCGAAGUCGUCGAGGGCAUCAGCGACUUGCAGCACCUCCUGCAAAUCAACACGGGCGACAUUGAGCCGCACCUCCAGAGCUCCGCCAUGGCAUUCUACUCGCUCGGCGAGGUAGAAAAGGGCCUCAAGCACAUUGCGCAGUGUCUCCAGUCCGACCCAGAUUCGAAGGCAUGCAUGAAGCUGAGGAGAAGAGAGAAGAAUCUCGAGAAAGAGCUGAAGAAGGUCCGGAAAGCAUUCGAAAAACAGCAGUGGGCGACCGGAGUAAAAUACCUCGUUGAGCGCGGCGAGGAGGAUCCUGGUCUUCUCAAGGAGGUCAAAGAAGACUUCGAGGGCUACGUCAAGGAUGGUUACAUCUUCAAGAACUCCCCACAAGGCCUCUACAACGAGCUAGUGGAGAUGACGUGCGAGGCAUACACAGAGAUGAACAACUUCAAGAAGGGCGCACAGUACUGCGACGAAGCCCUCAAGCUAAACCCCAACUCCCUCCCCGGCCUCCUCCACCAAGCCCAAAAACAACUCGACGCCGACGACUUCGAAGACGCCAUCCGCACCCUCGAAACCGCCAAAGAAGCGCACGGCCAAACCGAGAAAAUCCAAUCCCUCCUCCGCAAAGCACAUACCCUCCUCAAGCGCUCCAAGCAAAAAGACUACUACAAAGUCCUCGGCGUCACCCGCGACGCCGACGAGCGCGACAUCAAGAAGGCCUACCGCAAGCUGUCCAAGGUGUACCACCCGGACAAGGCGUCCGCGCAGGGCAUUACGCCCGAAGAAGCGCAGAAGAAGAUGGCGGCUAUCAACGAGGCGUACGAGGUUUUGUCGGACCCGGAGCUCAAGCAGCGCUUUGAUAAUGGCGAUGACCCGAAUAACCCUGAGCAGCAGCAGGGCGGGCACCCGUUCCAUGGUAGUCCGUUUGGCGGCGGGCAACAGUUCUUUUUCCAGCAAGGCGGCGGGUUCCCUGGUGGUGGGGGUGGGUUCAAAUUCCAGGGUGGGCCGUUUGGGUUCUAGCGGGGCGUGUAUAACGAUGUGAAUGUAUUGAUUAGUGGGAAUUGGAGUUUGGGUGGGACGGCAUUUCUAGGGCGUUGUUUUCGA